GAGGUGCAUGGGGGUUUUGGUCGAGACGUUGUUAAUGCAAACAUUUUAAAAUAAUUUCUUUUCUUUUUUUUGAAAAAAAAAGAAAUGUUAACAGGACUACAGAAACACCGACAAGAGAGCACUGAAUUGCUCGCACUAGCUUUAUUGUUGAUUUUAACCAUUUUAACAAUGUGGUUGUUUAGACAACGUCAAAUAAGAUGUAUGCACGAAACUGGCGCAGCAAUGCUUUAUGGUUUGAUUCUGGGUCUAAUUCUGCGAUAUACUACUCAACUGUGGAGGAACGAGACUGAGGAGAUUCACCACUGCGAGAAUCUGAACCACACCCCACACCUGCUGAUGGUCAACAUCUCAGCACACAUCCACCAGUACAAACACACAGGAGAGGUCAGCACUCACAGUGUCCAAGGAUCUCUCAUGAACGCAAUCCUGCAUAAGAUGACCUUUGACCCAGAAGUCUUCUUCAAUCUGAUUCUCCCGCCCAUCAUAUUUCACGGAGCUUACAGCUUAAACCAGAGACAUUUCUUCCGUAACUUUGGCUCAGUGUUAACCUUUGCCUUCCUGGGGACCAUCAUCACCUGCGCGGUUAUUGGGGCCAGCAUGUACGGCUUCGUCAAGCUAAUGGUGCGCCUGGGUCAGGCGAGAGACGGGGAUUUCCACCUGAAAGACUGCCUCCUCUUCGGGGCGCUGAUGUCAGCCACUGAUCCAGUGACCGUGCUGGCCAUUUUCACAGAGCUGCGUGUGGACUCCGACCUCUACAUCCUGCUGUUCGGGGAGAGUGUGCUGAACGACGCUGUGGCCAUCGUCCUGACCUACGCCAUAUCGACCUACAGUUUGCACACCUUCGACGUCUCCGCUUUCUUUCUCUCCAUCGGUCAUUUCGUGGCGGUGUUCAUUGGCUCUCUCUCCAUCGGCUUCUUCUUCACCAUCGUGACCGCCCUCAUGACAAAGUUCACCAGGCUGUGUGAGUUCCCGCUGCUGGAGACAGGGCUGUUCUUCCUGCUGUCCUGGAGCACCUUCCUGUCAGCAGAGGCCUGUGGGCUGACAGGCAUUGUGGCUGUGCUCUUUUGCGGGAUCACACAAGCCCGGUACACCUUCCACAACCUAUCCACGGAGUCUAAAACCAGAACCAAACAGCUCUUUGAAUUCUUGAACUUCCUUGGAGAAAACUUCAUUUUCUGUUACAUGGGCCUGGCGUUAUUUACAUUUCAGAAUCACAUCUUCAAAGGUGUCUUCAUAUCGGGGGCCUUUCUCUCCGUCCUCGUCUCGAGGGCGUGCAACAUCUACCCGCUGUCCUUCCUGCUCAACCUGGGCCGCAGGAGCAAGAUCCCCACCAACGUCCAGCACAUGAUGGCGUUUGCAGGUCUGCGAGGGGCGGUGGCGUUUGCCCUGGCGGUGCGGGACACCUCCACCGAGGCCCGUCGGACCAUGCUGACCACCACCCUGCUGCUGGUCUUUUUCACCGUCUGGGUGCUGGGAGGGGGGACCUCUCCGAUGCUGGCCUGGCUGAACAUCAGAGUGGGACUAGAUCCUGAUGAAGACACAAUGGGCGAGCCCUCCGAUAAGGCGGUCGCCGAGGGACCAACACCAACGCAUGCGCCUCCGACCCUGGCCUCCCACGCAUCCGGAGUCUGGCACAACCUGGACAAAAAGUAUAUCAGGCCGGCACUGACACACUCUGGCCCCCCGCUGACCUCCACACUGCCACUGUGGUGUAAGCCGCUGGCCAAACUGCUGACCAGUUUCCACGCGUAUGAGAACCAGGAGCGGCUUGGCGACUCAGAGGCAGACUGCAGUUCAGUGAAGCUGGGUGCAGCGGAGGAGGACAGAGCUUCAGCAGGGGAUGAUGCCGAGAGGGUCACCGAAUCUGCACCCCAGGACGACCUGUUGGAAGGAGACCUGGGGCUGGGAGCCAGCGCAACCCCUGCAUGGACGGAGUAAUACCUUCCCCCAAAAAUCAAGAACACCGGCCCUUGCACGAGGUGGGGUCACAGUGCACCGGGGAGAUCUAGGAGCCUUUUUACUCUG